UCUCAACGAGAGAGUGGGAGAGAGAAACGAGAUCUGCGGGAAGAGGGGAACCGAGGAACUCCAUUUCUCCUGUCGGGGAGAGCCCGAGAGAGAGAGAUGAAUGCGUUGAGAGAUCUGCCGACCAUGGAUCUGCUGAGGUCGGAGCAGAUGUGUAUGGUGCAGCUGAUCAUACCCGUCGAGUCCGCCCAUGGCGCCAUAACAUACUUAGGGGAACUCGGCCUCCUUCAGUUCCGAGAUUUGAAUGCUGAUAAAAGUCCUUUCCAAAGAACUUUUGUUAAUCAGGUGAAACGAUGUGGAGAGAUGGCAAGGAAGUUGCAUUUCUUCAAGGAUCAAAUACAUAAAGCGGGUCUAUCUUUUGCUGCUAAUCCUGUCAUGCCAUCUGCAGUUGAUUUGGAAGAACUAGAGGUACAAUUGGCAGAGCAUGAAACAGAACUCCUCGAAAUAAAUGCAAAUAGUGAAAAAUUACAUCAAACAUACAAUGAGCUAUUGGAGUUCAAGAUAGUAUUGCAGAAGGCAGGUGGCUUCCUUGUUUCAGCCCAAAGCCGUGUGGCUGCAAAUGAGAGAGAACUAGAGGAAACUGUGUUCUCCAAGGAAGAGUAUAGUGAAAGCACAUCCUUACUUGAGCAGGAAAUGCAAUCUCAACCUUCAAAAAAUGCUGGCUUGAGAUUUAUCUGUGGAAUUAUUUGUAAGUCCAAAAUUUCAAGAUUCGAGAGGAUCCUUUUCCGUGCUACAAGGGGUAAUAUGCUUUUCAAUCAAGCUCCUUCUGAGGAGAAAAUCAUGGAUCCCAUAUCCUCUGAAAUGAUUGAAAAGACCGUUUUCGUGGUCUUCUUUUCUGGAGAGCAGGCUAAAACAAAAAUAUUAAAAAUAUGUGAAGCUUUUGGUGCAAAUUGUUAUCCUGUUCCUGAGGAUAUAAGCAAGCAAACACAAGUAACACGUGAGGUCUUAGCCAGGCUUUCUGAACUCAAUGCUACAUUGGAUGCUGGCACUCGUCAUCGGGACAAGGCUCUUACUUCUAUCGGAUACAGUCUAAAAACAUGGUCUGUUCUGGUGAAAAAAGAGAAAGCUGUAUAUGAUACACUGAAUAUGCUCAACUUUGAUGUGACCAAGAAAUGUCUUGUUGCUGAGGGUUGGUGUCCCAUAUUUGCAAAAGCUCAGAUUCAAGAAGCAUUACAACGUGCUACUAUUGACAGCAAUUCACAAGUGGGGACAAUUUUUCAUGUCCUGGAUGCAAUAGAAUCACCACCAACAUAUUUCAGAACCAACCGAUUUACACAUGCAUUUCAAGAAAUAGUGGAUGCAUACGGUGUUGCUAGAUACCAGGAAGCAAACCCUGCAGUUUAUACAGUUAUGACGUUUCCAUUUCUGUUUGCUGUCAUGUUUGGUGAUUGGGGUCAUGGAAUUUGCUUGCUUCUGGGGUCGCUGGUGCUGAUACUAAGAGAGAAUAAGCUUAGCUCUCAGAAACUUGGUGACUUCAUGGAGAUGGCAUUUGGAGGGCGAUAUGUGUUGCUUUUAAUGGCGGUGUUCUCAAUAUAUUGUGGAUUAAUCUACAAUGAAUUUUUUUCAGUGCCUUUCCAUAUAUUUGGAGAAUCUGCAUAUAAAUGUCGUGAUGCUACAUGCAGUGAUGCGUCUACCAUUGGAUUGGUCAAAUAUCGUGAUCCAUAUGCAUUUGGUGUAGACCCUAGCUGGCGUGGGAGUCGGUCCGAGUUACCUUUUUUGAACUCUCUCAAAAUGAAGAUGUCAAUUUUGUUUGGUAUGGUGCAGAUGAAUCUUGGCAUUAUACUAAGUUACUUCAAUGCUAAGUUUUUUGGCAGCUCACUUGACAUACGGUAUCAGUUUGUGCCUCACAUGCUAUUCUUAAACUGUCUGUUUGGAUAUCUCGCCCUCCUCAUAAUUGUUAAGUGGUGCACAGGAUCUCAAGCUGACCUGUACCAUGUGAUGAUUUAUAUGUUCCUCAGCCCCACCGAUGAUCUUGGUGAAAAUCAGUUAUUCUGGGGGCAGAAACCACUUCAGAUCUUGCUGUUGCUUCUUGCUGUCAUUGCAGUUCCAUGGAUGCUCUUCCCAAAACCUCUAAUUCUGAGAAGACAGCACACAGAGAGAUUUCAAGGUCGCACCUAUGGUAUGCUUACAAGUUCUGAAGUGGACUCGGAUGUGGAACCAGAUUCAGCUAGGCAUCGGCAUGAGGACUUUAAUUUCAGUGAAGUGUUUGUACAUCAGAUGAUCCACUCGAUUGAGUUUGUGCUUGGUUCAGUCUCAAAUACUGCAUCAUAUCUUCGUCUUUGGGCUUUAAGCUUGGCUCAUUCAGAACUUUCUACUGUAUUUUAUGAGAAGGUACUUCUGCUUGCAUGGAGGUUUGACAACAUCCUGAUAAAAUUGAUUGGUCUGGCUGUUUUUGCCUUUGCGACUGCCUUUAUAUUACUAAUGAUGGAGACACUUAGCGCAUUUCUUCACGCUUUGAGGCUCCACUGGGUUGAAUUUCAGAGCAAGUUCUAUCAUGGAGAUGGCUACAAGUUCAGACCAUUCUCAUUUGCUUCAUUAGUUGAAGAUGACUGAGUUGUACCUAAUACGAAGUGAGGACUAAUCCGGUUCUUGUGCCAUGCCUGAAGUGGUAUAUCCUUGUAAAAGAAGUUGUGGAAAACCGAACCCCGCACGUAGUUUAGCGCCCACUUUUACACCAGCAGGUGACUGAGGGAGCUCAAAUUUUCUCGGGAGGAAGCCAUGGUUUAUAGUUCGACAGACUUCUGCUGCCUUCUCAAAAGCACGCCGAUUUACAACGUGUACAUCCUUGUGGACUAUUCCCAAAUGCUAAAGCAAUCUUGGUGAGAUAGUAAUUGGUUAAAAUUGUAGUUCUGUUAAUCGCCGGUGGAUCUUUGCCCAAGAUAUUGGGGCAUAGGUAGUUACGGUAAAUACAUGCAAAAAACUGCAAGGUCCUUCUGUAAUGAUGAUUUAUAGUGACCUUGAUUUUUGUCAGGGUGAUUUUUUGAAUAUUGGAAUUCUCUUAACGGAAUAAAAUUCGAAUAUUUUCAA